AUUGGACCUUACUUGAAGUUGUUUGAAUCAUCCUUAAAAAAAAUUGUUACAUAAGUUUGACUUUUGCUACAUGUCAAGUUUAAGUUUUUUAUGCGUUUAAGUCAGACAAUGCAAGUCAGACAAUUUGUUUCAACUGAUCCGUAGAGAUCGGACUUAUGCAAGUUAGAAUGUAUUUAAUGUUUGGAACAUUCCAAAUGCCUUCGUAUCUUAAAGUAUCAGGUAUAAUUUCAUACUAACCUGACCUAAUAAUAUAUCAAAUUGGCAUAACUUUGAGUGCCCUCCCCUCCCCCGUGGAGCGGAUGUGUUAUGAUACGAUACAGAAUCCAUUUAAUGAUGGAAAUAUGGAAACGAGACUGCAGCAAAGCCUUUGAAAAUACUUUUGAAAUCCACAAUUCCUAUGAGGGUUCUUUUGUGCCCAUAGACAGUUUAAACCACUAGGAGAAUCAUACAGAGUUCAAUCGAGUCUUCUCUCUGUGUGCGCUUUUUGUUUUUCCAGUCUGCGUUCUCUUUCGUCCUUAAAUAAUGAUGAGGACUUUCAAUACAACACUUCAAAGCUACAUUGAAAUACCUCGAUAGACGUUUGAUUAAUAAACCUUUACUCACACAACAGCCUCAAUAUUAAUGACCUUAAAAGAUUUAUAUUAUGUUGGCUUUUUUGGUUAAUGACAUUAAUGUAAAAAUAAAAGAUUUUAAAGCCCCACAGCGUCAAAUACUAAUUUCAGAGUACUGUACAUAAAAAUUCCAGGUGGCUAGUAGAUUUUUUUUAUUUUAUGACAAAGCGUCCUAAAAGAUUACGUAAAUGAAAAAGAUUAACGAUGUUCAAACAUCGUGUGUUUCAAUGCACCCUAAAAUCCUUUUGCUCAAGCGACUUUUCCGACGGUAGUGGAUUACGGGCAAGAUUUUUGUUUUUCAAGUCAUAAACAAUUCUGGAUUAACAAGCAAUCUUCUUUUAACUUGUCCUUUUAACUUUCUCUAAAGUCAUUUCUUCAGAAGAAGAAAAUGCUCCAUGCAUGUUCGCUGCUUGUUGAUUCUCUUCCCUAGCUUUAAGUUUGACCUGAAUCAAAACUUUUUCUGAAAGACAUUGCCUUAAAACAAAUGUUAUUGUAUUAUUCGCACUUGACAAGCUGGUUUCAUUCCUUCCAACUGAUGUGAUUUGAUUUAAGAAUAGAAAGAAAAGCAUUGUAUCUUUCAAGCGUCCAAAACUGACACAAAGUUAACAAUCCUUUCACACCGAAACCCGCACGUUCGUGUCAGGAUGCAAAUAUAAGCAUUGCCCUAGGUGAUGCGGAUCUCUAGAAGAUAGUUUAGAGUCACCUUUUUUAUUUAGUUUUGACAUAUCAAAAUGAUUUUAUGUUUCUAAAUUGUUUGAGAAAUCAAGUUGUUGUGAAAAACACCCUGUUUGGUAAUUUCUAUGACCUCGUUAUUCGAAUUGAUUGAUAAAGUGCGCCAAGAACAAAUUGAAUAUUUCGAAACUUUCUGAGCAACAGGUGAACCAUAGCCCAUAAAACAUGACGAUCGCACAGUCAACGGCUGCGUGGUAGGCCCAAAAAACAAAAUAAACUGAAGGGCCUCACCCAAACUGCGCCAUUUUUUCCUUCUUUUCCCUUGAAGUCAAGGAAAUUGUCUGGACUCUGAAGUACGUAAACACUUUUCUGGACCCUGAAGUGUAAAAAACGGGUACAUCGACAUUGAUGCGUUUGAUUGCUGACAAGCGGUUAUUAACCAAGGUUUACUUUUGAGUAAAAUUGAUAGAAAAGUUCUUCAUAGUUCUUGUUCUCGAUUUUAAAAACAAGGGACCAUUUAUAUUAUUGCAGUCAUAUUAAGAUUGACUACUGAAAAGGCUUUCAUAGUUUUAAUGAGCUAAAACGUAAAAACUGAGGUGAACAGAGUUAGAAUGAUGCGAAAGCUAGAGAGACUCUUGAUGUUACUUAGACUGUUGAAGGCGUGAUUUUUCUUACUUAAAGUUCAUAAAAAUACCAUCGGCAUACCUCUGGGAUGGGAAAAUGUGUAAUGCUUUUAAUUGGUGAUGCAAGCUUCUACAUGAUUUAUCUCUGUUGUUUGUUUGAGGAAAUGGCUAAUAACCUUGAGGUCGUCCAGUUUCCGUCUCAGCGGAUACGACAAAAUUUGUCAUCCUGGACUUUUCAGCUGUGAGCUGAAUUUAAGAUUUAUCAAAAACACAAGAUUAUCAAUUAUUGAAUGAAUAUUUGAUUGCAAAGAAUAAAACUAAAGCAUAACAGAAUUACAGCAACAGUAGAAAAAAUAAGUGAUUCUUAAGUAGCCAAAAGAGCGGCAUUUGCGUUCAUUUCAACCCAGAAGCAUUCUAGCUGGAGUCCUGGUACAGGUUGAACGACAUUGCUGCGAAUCAAGACUAUGUCCAGAGGUACUGGCGAAUUUCAUUCAUGUAUGCAUGUUAGCCAGUAGAUAGGAAUCUCUAUGAUGUAAGUCAAGUACGUUUCUUUGACCAAUCAUAGUCAAUUGUGAAAGAAUUAUAAUGAAGAUGUAGGAGGAAAAUCAGCUUUUUGUUUAACAGGAUUCAUUGUAAAAGCAAUAGAUUUUUCUUGGCGAUAUCCGAAAUGCAAGGAAGAAAGUUUUUUAACUGUCAUUUUCACUAAAAAUAGCUCUCCACUGACGUGCAUUCAUUGAAUACUUAAGUGUCAGCUUCGUAAAGCCUGUUUCUUUUCCAGCCUCACCUUCUCAAUCAAGAUACAGAUGUCUUUUGUAAUCAACUGGUUUUGAUAUCAUUAAAAAAGUUAUUAAUUAUUAACGGUUUAAUUAAACGAGAAUGCUGCAACAAAAACAUAGAGAUAAAUAAACAAUCGACACUAAAAUUCCAUUUCUGUGACAUUCUUCACGUACCGAAGAAAAAUGAAAUAUUCAUACAUCUAAUUAUAUAAAACAAAUGCCUACACAUUAAGCUCACCAGGCCUCUGGUAUAAAAACGGAAUCAGACAUCUUUACUUUAUUUUUAGACUUACAGCCAAGAGCGUCUAGAAGCAUGGUGAGACUUUGCGCGAUAUUUCUACCUCUUUUAACAGAGAUCCUGUUUACAGUAAAUACAGCUUCAAAACUCACUAGAACAGGAGUUUACAGCUACGAAGUGCCUCAAAAAGAUCAUCCACAUAAAGCAAACUCCAGACAUUUGAGCGUAUUGGAGUAUCCUCAACAACUGACGUCUUCGAACCAGCACGACGAUAUUGAGGAUUUAUCUAGUCAAAAUGGCAAGAAUCUUAAAGAUGAAAAUGGUUUUAGAAACUUUCGGAUACGGUCAUUUGAACAUCUGCGGAGAAAAAGGAGUCUUAGCAAAAACCGGUCUGGGAAGGAAAAAAUAAUUAAACGAAGAGAAGUCACAAGGGGAGUACAAAUAAAAAAUUUUCUCAUUGAUCCAUAUGGAGAACUAGAUCAAAAAAAGGGAAUGACAAAUCAGAAAAAAAACAUGCUUUGGAAUUUAAGAUAUGGAAGAGAGUCUUUUAGCAAAAUGUACCAGCCACUGUGGAAUGGGAGAUAUGGGAGAAAGACAUAUCCUACUGAUGAGCAAUGGAGACAAGGAAGAGAUACAGAAGAAGUUAGCAGCCAGCCAUUAUGGAGUGCAAGGUUCGGAAGAGAGGCAGGAGAAGCAAACAGCCAGCCAUUAUGGAGUGCAAGGUUCGGAAGAGAGGCAGGAGAAACAAACAGCCAGCCAUCAUGGAGUGCAAGGUUCGCGGGGAGAGAGGCAAAUGUCGUUAAUGGGCAACUGAGGCCAGGAAGAGAAGCUGGAGAAGGAAGCAGCCAGCCAUUAUGGAAUUCAAGGUUUGGUAGAGAGGUAAAUGCCGUUAAUGAACAAUUGAGGCCAGGAAGAGAAGCUGAGGAAGCAAACAGCCAGCCAUUAUGGAAUUCAAGGUUCGCCGGGAGAGAGGCAAAUGUCGUUAAUGGGCAACUGAGGCCAGGAAGAGAAGCUGGAGAAGGAAGCAGCCAGCCAUUAUGGAAUUCAAGGUUUAGUAGAGAGGCAACUGUCGUUAAUGGGCAACUGAGACAAAGAAGAGAGACAGGAGAAGUAAGCAGCCAGCCAUUAUGGAGUUCAAGGUUCGCCAGAAGAGAGGCAAAUGCCGUUAUCGAGCAAUUGAGGCCAGGAAGAGAAGCUGAAGAAGCAAACAGCCAGCCAUUAUGGAGUUCAAGGUUCGCCGGAAGAGAGGCAAAUGCCGUUAAUGAACAAUUGAGGCCAGGAAGAGAAGCUGAAGAAGCAAACAGCCAGCCAUUAUGGAGUUCAAGGUUCGCCGGAAGAGAGGCAAAUGCCGUUAAUGAACAAUUGAGGCCAGGAAGAGAAGCUGAAGAAGCAAACAGCCAGCCAUUAUGGAGUUCAAGGUUUGGAAGAGAGGCAAAUGCCGUUAAUGAACACUUGAGGCCAGGAAGAGAAGCUGGAGAAGCAAACAGCCAGCCAUUAUGGAGUUCAAGGUUUGGAAGAGAGGCAAAUGUCGUUAAUGGGCAACUGAGACAAAGAAGAGAGACCGGAGAAGUAAGCAGCCAGCCAUUAUGGAGUUCAAGGUUCGCCAGAAGAGAGGCAAAUGCCGUUAUCGAGCAAUUGAGGCCAGGAAGAGAAGCUGAAGAAGCAAACAGCCAGCCAUUAUGGAGUUCAAGGUUUGGAAGAGAGGCAAAUGUCGUUAAUGAACAAUUGAGGCCAGGAAGAGAAGCUGAAGAAGCAAACAGCCAGCCAUUAUGGAGUUCAAGGUUUGGAAGAGAGGCAAAUGCCGUUAUCGAGCAAUUGAGGCCAGGAAGAGAAGCUGAAGAAGCAAACAGCCAGCCAUUAUGGAGUUCAAGGUUUGGAAGAGAGGCAAAUGUCGUUAAUGAACAAUUGAGGCCAGGAAGAGAAGCUGAAGAAACGAACAGCCAGCCAUUAUGGAGUUCAAGGUUUGGAAGAGAGGCAAAUGCCGUUAAUGAACAAUUGAGGCCAGGAAGAGAGGAAGGAAAAGAAAGCGGCCAGCCCUCGUGGAGUUCAAGGUAUGGAAGAGAGGAACAUGACUUCAAUAAGCAACCAAGACAUAAACAAAAGGCGAAAGAUAAAACCAUAAUAUCGAUUAUUCACAGGGAGAAAGUAGAUUCAAGGGAUCCACCUUUGUUGGGUAGCCGAUAUGAUAGAGAUCAAUCAAAAAAGCUGUGGUUUGCCCGCCUGAAAGACAAUAAACCGGAAAAUGAACAGAGAAAAUUGGCUUCUGGAGCACCAGAAAAAACUGAAGAGUAUGGAGAUGGAAAGGAAGAUGAAGAAGAGGAAAUACAUCUGCAUACGGGAUCAAAAAGUAGCAAAUUGAACAUUUUACCUUUAAUAAAGCUGAUUCAAGGAAAGUUCGAAGUUUCAGGAAAAAAUUCAAAGAAAAGUUAUGCUGAUGAAGAACGAAGAAAAUCGAAGACGAAAUGGAGAAGGGCAACUGCAGAUGAAUUGAAACGAUUCGAUGAGAUUCUACACAGUAAAAUUGACGCAUAUAAAACCAGUUCUAUUGAGAAGAAUUCUAAGAAGGAGAGUGCCAAGUUAGAAACCCGUGCUAUCAAAACAGACUUCUAAUUGCAUUCUCAAUGUCAUAACAAACACUUGAAAAGACUAGCUUCAAACAAUUCUUGUAAAUCAGUGGCGAUAUCUUCUAUAAAUGGUCUUAACAUAUAAAAGAUUCAUAUUUAAUAGAAAUUCGGCAUUAAUCCUCUCCUUCCUUGCUUUUUUGUCUUUUGGGAUCUGUUAUGUCCUUUUCACCAAACAAGAUAACCUAUAUUGGGACUGGGAGAAAAGUGCCUUUUCAAAAAGCGUUGUUUCUAUUCGAGGGCUGGCGAUUUUCAUUGGAAACCAUACUAGAAUUGAGUAAAUGCUGAUCGGU